GUCAAUUUCUCGCGCUCAUCCCCCUUCUCUUCUGUAACCAACUUCUUCGACAACCAAGGAAGAUCGACUACCUUUCGCACUCGCCAUGCCUCCCAAGUUUGACCCCAAUGAGGUGAAGAUCAUCCACCUGCGUGUGACUGGUGGUGAGGUCGGUGCCCAGUCCGCUCUGGCCCCCAAGAUCGGUCCCCUCGGUCUGUCUCCCAAGAAGAUUGGUGAAGACAUCGCCAAGAACACUGGCGACUGGAAGGGUAUCCGUGUCACCGUCCGCUUGACCAUCCAGAACCGUCAGGCCGCCGUCUCCGUUGUUCCCUCCGCCUCUUCCCUGGUUAUCAAGGCCCUCAAGGAGCCUCCCCGUGACCGCAAGAAGGAGAAGAACAUCAAGCACUCCAAGUCCGUCCCUCUGGAUGAGAUCAUUGACAUGGCCCGUGUCAUGCGUGAGCGCUCCAUGGCCAAGGAGCUCCGCGGUACCGUCCUCGAGAUCCUCGGUACUGCCUUCUCUGUCGGCUGCCAGGUCGACGGCCGCAGCCCCAAGGAUGUCUCCGACGAUGUCAAGGCUGGCGAGAUUGACAUUCCCGAGGAAUAAAUUAUUUCACUCUCGAGUGUCAAAAAAGAGGUGGCCUGUCUGAUUUCUAAGGCGUGCAUUUCUUAAUGAUGAGAUGCUAGUUGCAGAAUACGAACGGUUUCUCAACCCAAACCAAAAAUGUUCAUGAGUCAUGACCUUUGAUACCUUUUCUUAAUUCUCUUGCGAGUGUUCAAUUGGACAAAUGGAAUCAGCUCGCUGCUUGUUCUUCCGGUUGUAUUUCUCCUUUUCUUUUUUUUCCCUCGUUCUCCUUCCAUGAUUCUCUUGCUUCUUCCUACGCGAUGAGAAUGGUGGAAGGCUACCCGGCGCAGCCGACAGUCUCCUUCGAUUGAAACCCCACAACACUCUGGCCCUUACCGUUCUCUCCCUGCGGGGUUUGAUCAUAUCACGACGUGGUAUGCGGCUUAUUUUAAGUGGGGAAGAUUAAAUUCGGUCCCAUUACUCAUCGCGGUACACUUGGAGUUCGCUCCGUGGGUGCAGUGAUCCAUCAUACGGGUCUACAUCUCUUGGAGAUGCAAGAUACUUGCUUUCGUAGGCUGUAGUUAUAGACAGGUCUGUCC